CUAGAGAUAUAGAAGAGCAGAAAGGGAGGGAGAGCAAAAAUUGCGAGAACGAAAGCAAGUGUAAGAAAAAGAGUGCGAGGGAGACUGGUUGCAGACUUUCAGACUACUGGAAGAGUGGAGGCAAAAAGAGGCUUUAUCGUCGACAUUUCAAUCAUGACUGUGGAGGAGGAGAUUUGAAUAACUGUAGCUGAAAAGAAACCCAACUGGUGCACUUUGAGGAGGAGGAGAGGAUCAGUCUGAGGUGCUGCCACACCCUGCCUACGUCAUUCCAGAUGGAGGUGGAUGCGGUUGAGAAGCGCCAUCGAACGCGUUCCAAAGGAGUACGAGUUCCUGUGGAGCCAGCCGCUCAGGAGCAGUUCAGCUGUCCCACACCGGGCUGCGAUGGGAGCGGACACGUCAGCGGCAAGUACGCCAGACACCGAAGCGUCUAUGGCUGCCCCCUGGCGAAAAAGAGGAAGAGUCUGGAGAAACAACCCCAGGAGCCGGCUGCCAAGAGGAGACCCUUCCUGAGCCCCCCAGAAGAGGAGGGCACCAUCUACUCCAGCUACCAGCCUGAACCCAUGGAGGUGGGGGAGGAGAAGGAGCAGGGGGAGGUGGAGGGGGAGGUGGAGGAGGAGGACGAGGACGAGGAAGAGGAGGAAGAAGCAUUCUCCGAGGAUAACGAGGAGCAAGUGGAGGAGGAAGAGGAAGGGGAAGAAGAGGAGGAGGAAGAGGAGGAGGAAGGAGGAAUUGCCAUCCAGGAAGGGGCGGUGGAGGCGGGCCAGGUGGAGGAGGUGGCAGAGGAGGACGAGGAGGCAGAGGACGGGGAUGACGAAGAGCAGGAGGAAGAGGAGGAGCAAGAGGAGGAGGAGGGAGAGGACGACGAGCACGAAGAAGAGGAGGAAGAUGAAGACGAGGAGGAAGAGGAGCAGAGUCGUGAGCAAGAGAACCGCUACAAAAAUGGUGGCCAAUCAAAACUCCAGAUGGUGCAGAAGGACAACAACAACCCCGGCGGGGGGAGCGGGCGGAGUAACGCAAACGGGGAGGACUACGAGAACUACGACGAGCUGGUGGCCAAAUCCCUCCUCAACCUGGGGAAGAUCGCCGAGGACGCUGCCUACCAGGCCAUGACCGAGUCGGAGAUGAAUAGCAACUCGUCCAACAGCGCCGGGGAGGACGACGACGAGGACGACGAGGAGGGCAGCGAGCGUUGCGGCCGCCAGGGAGAGCUGAGCGUGGACCUGGACAGCGACGUGGUGAGGGAGACGGUGGACUCUCUCAAGCUGCUGGCGCAGGGCCACGGCGCCGUGCUGCCGGAGGAAGGCUACCCCGACGACACCGCCGCGGCGGACGACGUCAGACACGGCAACGGCCGUCCCGGCGGGGGUGCCAGAGGUCAGGGGGAGGAGAGCGAGGAGGAGGUGUGUCUCAGCAGCCUGGAGUGUCUGAGGAACCAGUGCUUUGACCUGGCCCGCAAGCUGAGCGAGACCCAGCCCUCGGAUCGCCCUGGCCAGCCAGUCCACCACCUCCAGCCCAACUCCGAGCACCACCACCAUCAGCACCACCACCACCACCAGCCGUCACAGCAGCAGCCGCCAGCCCAGCUCCAGGCCCUCCACCUGCCCAGGUAUGAGAGUUGCCAGCAGGCUCAACCAGAGGAGGCCCGCUCCCUGGAGCGCAGCUACUCGGACAUGGUCAACCUGAUGAAGCUGGAGGAGCAGCUGAGCCCGGCCUCCAGGGGCUACCCAGCCAGCUGCUCCCGGGACGGGGACGAGGACACCACGUCUGUGGCCUCCGACCGUUCGGACGAGGCCUUCGACAUGACCAAGGGCAACCUGUCCCUGCUGGAGAAGGCCAUCGCCCUGGAGUCGGAGAGAGCCAAGGUCAUGAGGGACAGGAUGGCGUCGGAGCACAGCAUGGGCCGCAGGGAGCACCACCGUCACGGUCACGGGGACCACAGCCCUCGGCAGAGCAGCGGGGCGGAGGAACGCAAGUCCAGAAUGCACCAUGAUGGGUCAAAGAGAGCAUACUACCCUAAAGAUUCCUCCAGGGGGGAAAAGAAGGAGAGCAAGUGCCCCACCCCAGGGUGUGAUGGGACAGGCCACGUCACAGGCCUCUACCCCCACCACAGGAGCCUGUCUGGCUGUCCCCACAAGGACAGGGUGCCACCGGAGAUUCUUGCUAUGUAUGAAAAUGUUCUAAAGUGUCCCACUCCUGGCUGUUCUGGGCGGGGCCAUGUCAAUAGCAACAGGAACUCCCACCGCAGCCUCUCGGGGUGCCCCAUCGCCGCCGCGGAGAAGAUGGCCAAGGUCCACGAGAAGAGCCACCCGUCAUGUGAGACGUCCAAGUCCAGCCAGGGCUCUGACCGCGUGCUGAGGCCAAUGUGCUUUGUGAAACAGCUGGAGAUCCCACAGUACGGUUACAAAAAUAACGUCUCCACCAGCACGCCACGCUCCAACCUGGCCAAGGAGCUGGAGAAGUACUCCAAGACCAGCUUCGACUACGGGGGCUUUGACGGCCCGCACCCCGUCUAUGGGAAGAGAGGCCUGGCGCCCAAGGGACACGGACGGGAGCCCUCGCCCAAGGGAUACGAUGCCAAGCGUUACUGUAAGAACGCCAGCCCGGCCAGCAGCACGACGAGCAGCUACGCUCCGAGCAGCAGCAGUGUGAGCUGUGGAGGGGGAGGGGGCGGGAGCAGCGCCAGCAGCACCUGCAGCAAGAGCAGCUUUGACUACACGCACGACAUGGAGGCCGCCCACAUGGCCGCCACCGCCAUCCUCAACCUGUCCACGCGCUGCCGCGAGAUGCCCCACGGCCUGGGAGGCAAGCCCCAGGACCUCCUCUCGCAGAGUCCCGAUGGGGACAUGGAUGACAGCAGCACUUUGGACUUGAGCAUGAGCCGACAGCCGGGGGGUCCGGAGGGCAGUGGUACGGUCCUGACGCCCCUGCAGCCCAUGUCCCCACAGCGCCAGGCCCUGCUCAACAGCAGGUGCUAUCAGAUGAAUGAACCUGACUGCUGGGACCUGCCCGUGGACUACACCAAAAUCAAACGCAUCAACGAAGAUGACCACAAAGAGUCUGUGUAUUUCUCGCCCCAGACCGACGAGCUGGACCCGUUCCAGGACCUCUUGGAUGAGCAGCACUACCCAGGGGAGGUCACGAUCCCCAGCCCCAAACACAAGUACGCCCCCUGCAAGGAGAGCAAGAAAGAGCUCCUCUCUCUCUCCAGCUGCCAGCUAGCAGACAAAAACAUCCGUGGUAUGAUGACAACCAACUCUCAAGACCUCAAGUGUCCCACUCCUGGCUGUGACGGCUCAGGACACAUCACUGGGAACUACGCCUCUCACAGGAGUCUGUCAGGUUGUCCACGGGCGAAGAAAAGCGGGAUCAAGAUACUGCACAGCAAGGAGGACAAGGACGACCAGGAGCCAAUCAGGUGUCCCGUCCCCGGCUGUGAUGGACAGGGUCACGUGACGGGGAAGUAUGCGUCCCACCGCAGUGCGUCGGGCUGCCCCCUAGCGGCCAAGAGGCAGAAGGACGGCUACGUCAACGGCUCCCAGUUUGCCUGGAAGACGGGGAAGACAGACGGCAUGUCGUGCCCGACCCCGGGCUGCGACGGCUCGGGUCACGUCAGCGGCAGCUUCCUGACCCAUCGGAGUCUAUCAGGCUGUCCACGAGCCACUUCUGCCAUGAAGAAAGCCCGAAUGAGUGGUGUAGAAAUGUUGACAAUCAAGCAACGGGCGAGCAAAGGAAUAGAAAACGACGAGGAAAUCAAACAGCUGGAUGAAGAAAUCAAAGAUUUAAACGAGUCAAACAAUCAAGUGGAAUCAGACAUGAUCAAACUUAGAACACAAAUCACCACCAUGGAGACCAACCUCAAGUCUAUAGAAGAGGAGAACAAAGUGAUUGAGCAGCAGAAUGACUCUCUACUGCACGAGCUGGCCAACCUUAGCCAGUCCCUCAUCAACAGCUUAGCCAACAUCCAACUCCCUCAUAUGAAACCGGUGCCACAGAAAGAGGCCCCAGUUAAACAUAACUGCUGUUUACAGAUGCCCCACAGAGAACCAAUGAAUGAACAGAACUUUGACACUUAUGUGAGUACUUUAACAGACAUGUACACCCAUCAGGACCAAUACCAGAGUCCAGAGAACAAAGCCUUGCUGGAAAACAUCAAACAAGCAGUGCAAGGCAUCCAAGUGUAGCCGUCCAGCCUGCAGUCUAAGGCCUUUGGCCAAACCAAGAGAUGUUAAAGCAAAAAAAGAGGAAAUGGAUUAUGAUUUUGCUGCUGUAAUUUACUGUAGUAUUUCUUUUGAAUUAAUUUAUUAUGCUGUUGCGCUCUGAGCUCCAUGUUUAAUCUUGUUUUGAUUAUUUAUUUUUGGCCAUGCUUAAAAAACAGUCAUUUAUGACAGAAGUUUCAAAGAACAUUCACGUUUUGUACAUUUUCAUAUGACCUUAUAUAAUGUGAUGUAAUGUUUAUAGCUGCUAAUGUAUGCACAUUCUAGUGUAUAUGUAUUUAUUAAUUGUAAGCUUGAAUCAUUCAUUAUUUUAAUGCUUAUUGACAAAAUAACAAAACUGAAUGCCACAGGUUUGAUAAAGAGGUGAGCUGAGGGGGGUAUGAGAAGCAUCCUUUUUAGAUCAGCUUCUCUCAGUGGAUGUGGAAGACCUUUGGUGUGCGGAUUGUUUAAUGGGUGUAAAUCUAUCAAUUUUUGUAACAAUGUUUGAAAACUAUGUCUUCAGUGAUCAGUGUGGACACAAAUAAUGAUGUCGAUGUGUAAAUGAAGUAUGGGAAGACAAUGCGUAAACAUGAAGAUUUCAAACAUCAUGACACGGAAACUUAAUGGUGCAAAUCCCAUCAUCCAGAAUGGACUACUUCAUCAGUUUAAAAACUUUUAGUAUUCUGUGUUAUCAAAAGAAAACAUGUUUCAUUCAAACACAGAGGAAAUGAGAAAUGGCUACUGAAAUUGUAGGAGACAAUCUAGCAUUACAAAUUUAUUUUGAUCGCAAAUCUUAAAUAGAUAGUAGGUGAACUUAUCAGCAAUAUUGGUAUAAUAACAAUUAAAUCACUUGUUUAGAUAUGGGAUGCAAUCUAUAUAGAAUUGUUUGGGUAUAUGCAAUUUCUUAUGAAUAAAAUUAGCAAAGAGCUGAUAGAUCUUUUUACUAAAUGUAAAUGUAUUAAGUUUUGUAUAAAUCUUUUAAUACAAUCAUGUUUUAGGAAUUCAACAUGAGUGAUUGGUUCCAAAAUGAAAGAUGUAUAUGAGUUUCCUUCUCUCAUGUUAGAUUUUUGCACAGGGACACCCUUGUUUCCAUGUUUUGAUGUUUUUAUUGACGCUCUAAGAGGUACUUGAACGCUUCAGCUGAUGGCCAGAGGUUUUGUAGAUAUGUUCUCUUUCUAAUGGCUAGUGAUACACUGGAUUUACAGGGUCUAUGUCCCCAUGCAUCAUAGUAUAUUGCACUUGUUCAGUAGAAUUGUCUUUGCAAUCAUGCAUCUAAGUGUUUGAGCCACAAGAUAUGAUAUGAGCUUAAGAGUGCUUUUGUUAAUCUGUCAUAAAAGAUUUACUUGACUGGGGGCAAUUCAAGUCGUUAAACAUGGCUGAACAAUGACAUAGUCAGUGGCCAAUGUGUGGCCAUCAUUUUAUAUAAGACAUCCUCUGCAAAUGUAUCCAUAGCACUUAAGAAAGCAUUAUAAUGUGAAUGUCAUUGUCAGCCCCUGUAUAAUGCUUAUACUUUUAUAACAUCAGAAAUUUACCCUUAAACAUUAUUGACUGAAUAUCUUACCCAAAUUGGCAUUUUAACGUGACUAACAGUUGCUUAAGAGGACACUAAUAAUGGAUUAUACAUGUGUUUUAAUACAAUUUAUCAUGCAUGCACUUCAUUGGAGUAUGUCAAAAUUUUAUCCGUGGGUAAAUAACAAGGAUGAUUUGCAGCAAAGGACAUGUAGCUUUUAUGUGAGGCGAACAUGUGGCGCCCAGCAGACUGAAGUGUGUGUGUGUGUGUGUCGGGGAGAGCAGACGUCCCUGCUGGACAGUCGGCCGGAGGCUGCUUGGUCUGAUGUCAUGCUUGGAGGCUUCCUCUCUACCCUCCUGCAAGGCCUACAUUCCAUGACUCCACAUCUGUGCCAGAGACGUUGAGUCCGCAGCUUUUUGCCAAUAUAGUGACGCUUUAGAUAGAUCGACAGCUUGUACUAUUUUUCUUCAAAUGCUCUUACUGAUUCAAAGGAUAUGGGAUGAAAAGCACAAAUCUGCCACUCACCAACAGUCUGUAGGCUGCAUAUUGUAAUAUCAAAUGUAAAAGGUUAUCUGUGACUAUUGACAUAGAAAACAAAAACAUCUCACACAUGCUAGAAUGCAGAAAAAUAUCAUAUGAAUAUUUGUGAAAUCAUUAAUUUACUAAGAUAGUAAAAUUUCAAUUUAUUUCAAGUAAUGCUUUGAUGAAGGGAUUUUAUACAACAUCAAUUUCCCUCUCUACUUUCCCGUCCCUCUCUUGCAAAGUUUCCAACUUAAUUUUGGUACCACAUGGCAUGGUUUUUGUUGAUAUAUUUUUGCUGUAUAUGUUAAAGAUCACAAGUUGCUGUGAUAUUUCAUUUGGAAUUGUGAAGUUUGUACAAUUUUUAUCAUGCUGGUGUUGACA